AUGUCUACACCAGUGAAGAGAAGAUUAAUCAAGGAUUUUAAGAAGAUGUCAACCGAUCCACCACAAGGGAUCAGCGCUACACCUCUUGAUUCCAAUAUUAUGGAAUGGAAUGCUGUAAUUUUCGGACCUGAAGAUACACCAUGGGAAGGUGGAACUUUCAAACUCAGCAUUUCCUUCAAUGAAGACUAUCCUAACAAACCACCAAAAGUAAAAUUCCUCACCAAAAUGUUCCAUCCAAAUAUUUAUAAUGAUGGACAAAUUUGCUUGGAUAUUCUUCAAAAUCAAUGGAGUCCAAUUUAUGAUGUGGCUGCAAUUUUAACCUCCAUUCAAAGUUUGCUCACUGAUCCGAAUCCAAAUUCACCAGCCAACAGUGAAGCAGCCAGACUUUACACUGAAAAUAGAAAACUCUAUGAGAGAAGAGUGAAGGAAAUGGUUGAAACUUCAUGGCAAGACGAUGAUGAUGAAGAGGAAGAAUAAUUUCCAUUCAUCACACUCUCAUAAAACACAUUUGAACAACACUUUUUGACUUUCGGAGAGUCAUCAUGUAAAGUAGUAGUACAAUUAAUGCACCUUUUCUCUCCUGCACCACUUUUAUCAUCAUGAGGAGAUUUGAAUCUUUUAACAUCAUUAAAAACACACAACAAUAACCUUUUGUUAAA